UCGCGGAAAAAUGACGGCAGUGAAUGUCAGUUAUCUAUUCAUUUACACAACUGGGAGAUUUUACUGAGCAAUUUGAAUUUAGAGUCAGUACUGCGCUCAGGGCACGUCACUUGGAGGUGGGACUCGAACCUAUGACCGCUCUCGCCACUACGGUGUGAUAAUGAGGACGUGUGUUCUGAGCGCGAAGUGAUGCGAAACAAACACGAGUGAGGGAUAGAAGGGGAACCAACCGUCUCUGAUGCGAGAACGUUCCAGAACUUGGCCUGAGAAACUGCCCCUAAAAGUGACGACGGGAACUAAACUUUAAAGAGGCUUAUAUUCGCUCCUCCUCACCUUCUCUUGUCUUUACUUCUUAUUUUUUGGGCACCAGACAGACACCGGCUUCCAGAGUACAAAACGGCAAACUUCUUGAACUCCUCAUGUUUUCGGUGCGAUAAUAAAAUUGUCUUUAAUUUCUCACCUCCCCCUUUAAUUACCAAACCCUAACUGGAAAAGAUUCAUUCGAGAAACGGCACAUAUUUUGCUUACAAAUAAAACCAGAAAGCUGUGUCUUUUCCCUUAACUCUCCAUGGGGGGACCGAGAGGAUGGGGGGGAACCGGAGCAGCGCUUCGCCUCUCGGCUUCCGUCCUCGCUAAUCCGCCGUAAGAGCCCGGCGAGCCGUGUAAAACCGGGUAAAAGACGGUCCGAAGACUGCGGACAUGAUGGCCGCGCAGAAAAUAAACGAAGCUCACGAGCACAUCGCCAAAGCGGAGAAAUGUUUAAAGACCAGCUUCACCAAGUGGAAGCCGGACUACGACAGCGCGGCCUCAGAGUACGCAAAGGCAGCGGUCGCGUUCAAAAACGCCAAGCAGUUUGAGCAGGCGAAGGACGCCUACGUGAAGGAGGCCGAGUACCACACGGAGAACAAAGCUCUCUUCCACGCUGCAAAAGCCCUCGAGCAGGCAGGUAUGAUGAUGAAGGACAUGAAGCGCAUGGGGGAGGCGAUCCAGUACAUCGAGAAAGCCAGCAUGAUGUACGUGGAGAACGGGACCCCGGACACUGCGGCGAUGGCCCUCGACCGCGCCGGGAAGCUCAUAGAACCCGUGAGCGUGGAAAAGGCCGUGGACCUCUAUCAGAAGGCGGCGUCUGUCUUUGAGAACGAGGACCGGCUGCGCCAGGCGGUGGAGCUUCUGGGGAAGGCCUCCAGGCUCCUGGUCAGGCUCCGCAGGCUCGAUGAAGCGGCGGCGUCAAUUCAGAAGGAGAAGAACAUGUAUAAAGAAAUAGAAAACUAUCCCACCUGCUUUAAGAAAACUAUCGCUCAAGUCCUGGUGCAUCUUCACAGGAGCGACUUUGUUGCGGCAGAGAAAUGCGUCCGGGAGAGUUACAGUAUCCCAGGAUUCAGCGGGAGUGAAGACUGCGCUGCUAUGGAGCAGCUGCUGCAGGGAUACGACGAGCAAGACGAAGACGUCGUGAACCGCGUGUGUAACUCGCCGCUUCUCAAGUACAUGGACAACGACUAUGCCAAGCUGGCGGUGACUUUGAAAGUUCCGGGAGGUGGCAAGAAGAAGAAGCCCCCUGCUGCCCCUCAGGGGGGUGCCGGAGGAAGCCAGGCUGCGGCAGAGGAGGACGACUACGAAGGGGGGCUCUGUUAAUCUCAGCCGCCGUUGAGGUGCCACUAGGGUUUGGUGCUCCUCCGGUCCCUUCGGGUCACGUCAUCACACAGCGUACAUUCCUCCAAAGUAUUUCUACUGAAGAGCCUCAUUUGUUCAGGGAACUGAACCGUCACAAAUGUUUAGUAUAUAUCAUAGCAGCGGAUCCCAGACCUCAUCGUAGGAUAGUGAUGCUUCUAAAGGUGUCAUUAAGGUGUCUGUGCAAUAAAUUAUUGUGCCGUCA